AUGGCGACAGCCUCUGGGGAUAACUGUCCUAAUCUCUCGCCACCUGGUCAAUUUUGCCCUGGUUGCUGCGCAGCAUUCGGUUCCGGUCCCCUGGGUGUGCCGCGCAAGUGCUGGCAGCGCUUCUUCUGGGGACCGCCCCUGUUUCACCCUGCUUUGCCAACGGCCACCAAGCGACCACAUUUGACGCGAAACCCGAGAGUCUCAUUCUGGACUGGUGAAUGUCAAAGAAAGAACAUCAUCUGUCACCCGACAACACCGUUACACGGCAAAGGCAAGUAA